ACACCCCAGCAUAUUCACCAAUGCCUCCCGGACCAAGGUCCCGGUGAAGUGUGACGAUGACUGACUUCUCUUAGUGCGCGCUCAAGGUGCAGCCAUGGCGAUUGAAGACGCCGCGGCGCUGGGCGUGCUGCUCUCAAACGUGACAUCGAAAGACGACAUCUCGACCCGGUUGGACAUGUUCAACCAGCUGCGUUUGAAGCGCGUGGCGGCAACCCAGACUGUGUCUUCAAUGCACCAGUGGGAUCCGACUCGUGUUUCCGAGGAGCAGAGACAGUACUUUGACGGCGAUGUCCCGCAGACCAUAGACGACAUUGAAAUAUUCAGUUACGAGAACAGUGUCAUCCGCGACGCAUUCGAUCUGUUGGAAAGGGCUUGACGUGGAACGGUAGCCUUUGGUGAUUCAGGGAGGAGGGACAUGAUGAGGCUUAGAGUGACUUAAAUCUGGUAGUCGGUAGACAAAUUCAUCCUGUGUUUAUUCCAAGAUAUCAUACGUCCCAUGUGACACCAUUACCUACCAAAUGAAUACACGAGAAGGGCAUAUACCCC